CCUCAAUGUAAGCUACUAUUCUCGGAGAGAGAGAAAGGGAGAAAAUAAUAACCUCCAAUAAUUGGUUAUUCCUGUCUUUCACCUUCCUCGACCAGCGGCAGGAGGGGAGCGGCCUUCGCGGUGGGAAUGUGCUGCUACAACAACCCCGCGUCCUAUUUUUUGUGAAUGUAAAUGCACAUGCAGUCUCAAGCCUGUAGCCUAUUUACCCAGCUCGGAUUCAAGAGGAACAUAAAUGUUUGUAUGAGACAGUAUACAUAUAGGCCUUAUGUAGGCUAAACAAAACUGAGCCUGACAGCGGGGGUUGCUUUUUCACCUGCAAGAAACGUGGAUACAUUUCGAGGGAUUUUCACAUCUUGGUCACGUUUUCUUUUUCUUUUCUUAAAUCUUUUUUCAAAAUGUUUUUUUCUCUUGGAGGGGUUCUUCGGAGCCGAGCCGGGAAUUAAAAAAAAGUAUCGGUGCGCAGUUUUGGAGGCUCGGUGGUGAUGUGAGGGGCUGAUAACACAUUUCAGCAACAAAAGCGAGGGGCAGGGAGAGAGAGAAGGCCUUUUGGAGGAGAAAACACACCGAGGAACAGCCAUCACAAAAAAGGAGGACAAAUCGGGGGGUAUUGGAUCGUUGUUGACUCGGAGGUGGUGGGGGAUCCAGCCGAAAAGACAACCGCAGUGAGUUUGGAGCUGUUUCGGGUUGAUUCGAUGCAGCGAGUGAAAACGAGCCGGAUGACGACGGAAGCAAUGAGAAUAUCACACAUGUAGUUGGGGUGUAAAUAUUAUUUUCCUUCCUCCUGUCCUGUGGCCCCCCCGACGAAGACAGCCGUCGGGGAGACAGAGAAAUAGCUAGAGAGUAUAAGCGUUCACCUAUGGAAAUGUUUAACAUGACAGGAGACGUGGAAACGAGCCGCGCCGCAGCACGGGCGAGGUUUUCGGACACGCCGAGUUCGGCUCCUUGUCACCGGCAGCAGUGAGACGCAAGACCCGGGCUUUUGGAAAUGCAAAUUAGGCUGUCAAUUCUGCCUCCGUUUGAGGUGAAACCCCGAUAUUUGGUGUCUUAACAGACGUUGUGGAUUACAAUUGUUUGCGUUACACAGUUGACGGGGGGAGAGAGUGGGCAAAACAAAAACGAUACUGCAUGUGAAGGAGGAAAAGCCCGAGCAGGAUUCAGCAAACUGAGAAGGCGGCCUCGGUGUCGUCAGCAACAGUAUCCUGCCCUUUCUCUGACAGCAAAAUACGCGUUAUGGACACAUAAUUUCUACAGGGCUGCACCACGGACAGUUUUUGAGCAGGCCAGAGACGUUAAAUGGUGUAAAUGUGGGUGUCAUCGCUGCCAGAUCCGCAUGUCAAACGAGGGAUCUAGACUAGUUUAGUUUAUUUAUUUUCUUCCUACAUACCCCUCCACCGCCACUUCUUCUUCCACCUCCUCCCCUGGACCCCCUUUUUUCUUUUUUCUUGCGGGAAGAUGGGUUGUUUGGGCAACAGUAAGACCGAAGACCAGAGAAAUGAGGAGAAGGCACAAAGAGAAGCAAACAAGAAGAUAGAGAAGCAGCUCCAAAAAGACAAACAGAUAUACAGAGCAACUCACAGACUACUACUUUUAGGUGCUGGGGAGUCCGGAAAGAGCACAAUAGUGAAACAGAUGAGGAUCCUACAUGUCAAUGGCUUCAAUGCAGAAGAGAAGAAGCAGAAAAUCCAUGACAUCAAGAAUAAUAUUAAAGAAGCUAUUGAAACCAUAGUAACAGCUAUGAGCACCCUGGCACCGCCUGUGCAGUUGGCCUGCCCGCAGAACCAGUACCGCAUCGAAUACGUCCUCAACCUCGUCACCCAGAAGAACUUUGAGUUUACAUCUGAGUUUUACGAACAUGCGAAGACACUGUGGCAGGACGAGGGGGUCAGGGCGUGCUUCGAGAGAUCCAACGAGUACCAGCUGAUCGACUGUGCACAAUACUUUCUAGACAAGAUUGAGAUUGUGAAACAGAAUGACUACACUCCGACAGAUCAGGAUUUGCUGCGGUGCAGAGUCCUGACAUCGGGCAUCUUUGAAACUAGAUUCCAAGUGGACAAAGUUAACUUUCAUAUGUUCGAUGUUGGCGGUCAAAGAGACGAGCGCCGGAAAUGGAUUCAGUGCUUUAACGAUGUAACAGCCAUCAUCUUUGUGGUGGCCAGUAGCAGUUACAACAUGGUGAUCAGAGAGGACAAUCAGACCAACCGUUUACAGGAGGCCCUCAACCUCUUCAAGAACAUCUGGAACAACAGGUGGCUGCGGACCAUUUCUGUCAUCUUGUUCCUAAAUAAACAGGAUCUGCUAGCAGAGAAGGUGCUGGCAGGGAAGUCCAAAAUCGAUGAAUACUUUCCUGAAUUUGCUCGCUACACCACACCUGACGAUGCCACACCGGAGCCAGGAGAAGAUCCACGUGUUACAAGGGCAAAGUACUUCAUAAGAGAUGAGUUCCUGAGGAUCAGCACAGCGAGCGGGGACGGGAGGCACUACUGUUACCCGCACUUCACCUGCGCCGUGGACACAGAAAACAUCCGCCGUGUCUUCAACGACUGUCGAGACAUCAUCCAGCGGAUGCACCUGCGGCAGUACGAGCUGUUGUGAUGGGAGAAACCAACACAUCGGACUAUGAAAAACCCUGAGUCUCAAAACUCUCCUCUUCCACAGAAGGGUGUGAGCUCUUGUAAAGGAACGGGGGCCAAAACACACACACACCCACACACACACACACACACACACACACACAUAAAAAAACACACACACAUAAAAAAACACACACACAUAAAAAAACACACACACAUAAAAAAAACACACCCUGAACCCAGAUCUUCCCCCUGAUGCAAACUCUCACAUGCAGUAGACGGCGCUAUUUUGCUGGAAAGGUUUUCGGGGCUAACACAUAAACAGACUUUGAUCUCCACCUUCAGCCAUACUCGCAGAUCUAAACUACAUAUAUCCCCACACACGUUACACACACCUUUCUAGAGAAGCCCUGAGUGGCCCCAUGACAGUAUAUCCUUAAGUAAAGAGGGUUUGAUCCGGUUGUGAGAUUUCCCUUAUGUUGAGGUUGGGGUAAAAACUGAGCGACUACUUCAGUGCAACAGAUGACUGUUGAAUAACUGCAAAUAGAUCAGCUGAACACUGCAUCUUACAAAAAAAUAGCACUGUGCAGGGCUCAAAUCCUUCCUAUCAUGUACACACAUCCAUGUGCAACCACAGGAUCUGCUCGCACACGGAAACGUAUCACACCUGCUUUUUACUGGACUGCACAACCGGGUAGGAUCUGGAACUGUACCGGUCUUCGGACGAGGGGCGGGCUGAUUUAUCCGGCACAGUGCUUUGAGAUUAAACUGAGCGACGAGGAGCAGCGUCGCCACAGACUAAACAAACCAAGGGUGUGUUGUGAUCGGGGUUCACAAAAAACAUGACAUGGACUACGAUGUGAAUUUUUCUGAUGGAGUCACGACGACAGUUCCUCGCCUUCUCCACCGAACUGUUUUGCCACCUGACUUUGCCUUGUUGGUAGUGGAGCGAAAUGUAAAGAGGAUACAUUGAGUUUAAAAGAAAAAAUAAACAAAAAAAGACUUUAAUGGAGCUUGACUAACGGAGGGCGAAAAGCAUCCUUCUACAGUACAGUACCAUAUAAGUUAAAGAGAACUCAUCUUGUCAUGGUUGACCCUGUUUUACUGUCUCCACAGCUGUUUUUGUCUGUGUAGACUUGUGUGCCAUUGUGCCCUGUGCGCUCUCUUUCUUUAUCUUUACUCUCCGUCUCUCUGUCGUUCUCUCCUUUUUUUUCCCCUGAUGAUUUUACGGCCUCAUCUUCUCCUUCACUCUCGUCCUCGCCAUCACCUGCCCAUCUGCAUUUCUACCUUCCUGGCAGUGCACUUUUGUUUUGAAGAGAAAAUAAAAUAUAAUAAUCCUGGAAUAUAAAAAAGAACAACAAACAGGACACUAAUUUCUUUUUCUUUUCCUUUUUUUUUUACUUUCUCUGCCAUUCCUCCAUCUUUCCUCUUCUCUCCUCCACCCUCCCCUACCUCUCUCUCCUUUGUAUGUCUGUCUUUACAUUACUGCUGAACUAUUAUUCUUGUACAGACUGUAAAAUGUAUUAUUUUGUACAACUUUAUUGAAAAAAAUAACUUUUAGAAGAUCCCUGUGCCUUGAUCACGACUGUACGUGUGUAAUGAGCUAAAGUGGGUGUCAUACUGCGCUGUAUAGCUUGGCCAAUCCCCUCCUAACUCCAAGCCUCCAUCUCCACUUCCUCCUCGUUUUAUCUCUGUCUCUCUCCCCGCCCUCUCUAUUCUCUGUCCCCCCUCUCCCCCACCCUCCCUCUCUGUCCUCUCCCUCUCUCCCCACGAGGACGGAGGACAACCAUUCGUAGCUUUUGUAGUUUUAUUUCUCUCCCUUACCCUCCCAUUCUCUCUUUAUGAUUUAAAUGUCUAUUUUUGAAUCCAUAUACCCCAAAAAGAUAAAUUUAUGAAAUGUAUAUGGGUUUUAAAAAAAGUAUUUUAUUAGAAUCAAAUGAACCUUGACAAAUUGUACACUUGAUAGUGUGCGUAUUGCUAUAACUUAAAUCCUUUCAACUGAAGUUGUGUUCAGGUUUCUUUUGUUUUCUUUCAUUGACAUGGGCAAAGGACAUUUUGAAGGGUUACAGAGGAGAGGACAAAACAUUGCUUGUUUCUACACAUCGUAUUCUUUUGCUUAAAAAAAAUGACAACAAAAUAAA